CGUUUUGGCGCCGAACGGCAUGCAAUUCACAACAUCAUAGCAUUGACGUUUAUUACUGUUAUCGACUCGUUGUCACCGCGAUAAAAAUCCGUACGCGCCCCCGUACUAAUAUCACACCGAGUCGUAUUCCAAUUCGCGCACAACGCGGGACGGCGACAUUUUCGAUUUUCCGUCCGCCGUGGUAUUAUCGGCUGUUGCAGUACGUUCGCGAUGAGCAAAAGUCUGGCGCUGGCGUGCGUGGCGGCUUUGGCGUUCGGCCGCGGGUCGGACGCUUUUUGCGGCUUGCGGGCGGACGGCGACGGCGACGACGGAGGCGGCGGCGGCGGCGGCACAGGCGAUUUCGUUUCGUGUCUCAAGGCCAAGGCGAUCGCCACCCUGGACCGCCUGUCCCGCGCGGACGCGCUCCCGCUCGCCGAUUCCGUGACACUGGUCCGGGACGAGGACCACCGCCGUCGACGGUCCGACGACCGGCCCGCGGUACCGUCCGAACGGGAACUGCUGUCCAAGCCGGACGACGUGUUGGAUCGGAUGCUCUACGACGGGGCCGUCGGAUUGCUCAGCGGACGGGCCGUCCGAGUCGGCCUGCCCGAACUCACCCCGGACCAAAUCAGGAACGUCCUGGACGAAGGUAACUGCAGUCGACACUAUUGUUUUGUACGCGCCGCGUUUUAACCGGAAUUUCUAUUUUUUGUACUAUUUUCGCGUCGACCGAACGCACCCGAGCGGCUUUCCGACCGUGUUCGGUAAUCGACUGCUUGAUAGUAAUUUUAUAGUAAUCGGACCGUUGUCCGAGAAGAAAAACGAUUUUCAAUCGUCACAAUCGUUCACGAAAUGAUUAGGCGUUGUACUCGUUUUGAUUGGCCGGCGGGUCAAUCGGGUAAAGUCGCGGAGCUGACUUCGCCAACGCGAUUGAGAUUGACGAAAAAUACAAACACCCCCGGUCGUCGUUUCUGUUUUUCGACGGGAGGGGAGGAUAUUUGUCUAGUGUUUAAAUCAACCAUUAAACAAACGAAACAAAUUUUAUCAUUCACACGUGCCACUGAAAAUAAAACAAUUAAGUUAAUUUAAUUCAUAUAGGCACAUUAGGGUAGCAGUAACGAACUGUUUUUUUUUUUUUAAGCAUUAUCAUAUCACAAUGCUAGUUAACUAUAAAUAUAAACUCAUAAUGGUCUAAGAACAAAAUAACAAAUGAAAAAAAAAAAAAAUUAAUUUUUACUUUAUCCACAAAUAAUAGGAACAACUGUAUAACAUACAAAUCUCCACUCGUCCGGACGUAAUUUUAAUUUAAAUUUUUUAACGUUUCGCGGCGAAACGCACUGACAUGUCGACCCCCUGAAUAUAUUAUUACUCAUGUAUUAAAUUUUUGUGAAUUAUACGUAAAUAUUAUAUUUUGAAUUACCGAGGUAGUAACGAAAAAACAAAAAAAACUUGAGUAGUUAUGAUUUCAUAAUAUUAUAUAGUUAUCUAUGAUUUACACAUUUAAUAAAAAUAAUGAAUAAUUUGUACACUUUUUUCACCUGUGCUUGUUUAUGAAAAAAAGAUAAAAAUAUAUGAAGUGUCGUCAUCUGGAUUGUCUUUUAAACAAUUCUGUCUGGACGAUCCCGACUCUGUACACUCUGCCUGAAAAUGGUGGGGGGCAUUAACUUUUAAAAAAAAAGCCGUUUUUUCAUACUUUAAACUUUUUAUCAUACCAAAUUUAAGUUGAUUAUUUUUACGGUUACUACCUGAUUUAACUUGUUUCAAUUUUCGCUGUGUUAACUAAUAACUUUUUACAAUUAAUUAAUUAAUUUGAUUAAAUAGUUGACGUGUUAAUGACUAUAACGAUUUUUUACGAAAUUCGAAAUUCAGUUUUAAUCUACUGUUUUCAGUACCAGCUGUGGUUUACGUAUUAUAAUUGACUGCGGCAUUUUGAUUUGGUUUAUUUUUUUUUUUUAUAAAUACAGCAUAUUGAAUGCUUGUAAUGUAGCGAAAAAAAAAACAAAUUAAUUUUAACCGAGUCGACGUCGUUUUCGCAUUUUAACAUUUGACCAGAAGUGUGUUUUCGUUUAUUCGACUCUACUCGAUCGGGUUAGUCGUUCGCGAGGACCUGUUCGCUUUUGCUACGCGGUAUAAGACAAUGAUUCUCGACCUUUAAAGAUGCACGCGUCCCAUUUACCCUGUAUUGUGUGUGUACACGUGCCUCCCCUCUGAUUAAUUUAAUACCGAAGAUUUUCCCCAAUUGCACGGGGUACCCGAAAACCCGCAGCAACCGUACAAAUUAUAUUAUUGUAUUGUAACGCGAUCGUAUUCGUAUAAUAUUUUACAUUCAACUGGAUAAAAUCGUAAAUAACGUUUUGAUCUUUCGCGGUUUUACAAAAACGUUCGCGUCUCCCGUGAAAUUUCGUCACGUCUCCCUAUCAGAAGGGGGGGAGUGGGCCGUGCCCCGGGUCGAGACGCGCGUUAUCCCCGACCUUAUCUCGCACGCGAUUACGUUUUCAUCUACGGCCGCGCACGUCGGAAACUCGGAGAAAACGAUGGUGCGCGCGACAAAAUCCGCAACGCGUGUGUAUCAUCGUCGAUCUGCGCCGGGACGCAUUUUUACAUGCUGCGCCGCGUUUCAGACCCGGUCGAAUGUCGUGCUUCGCCCGGCAUGAAAAAAUAGAGAUUUUAAUUUGACCCUUUAACGAAACUUUAACGCUCGAUUUCGAAAUGUUUUUUUUUUGUUUUUUCCAUAUCGGUUGGAGCAUUCGAACAUUCGACCGGUUCUGAAACGCGGUGCAUUAUGAUCGAACGCUGCCGGGACCGUGUCGUCCGCCCGCCGAUUCCGUCCCAUUCCGCCGACACGCAAAUCGGUUAUAUUGUCGUUUUGAAUUGAAAUAGUGUUGUUGCAAUACGAUCAUUAUUGCCGAGGAAAUUCGAGCUUUCAUAGAAUUUCCGUAGUUUGAGUUUGGCACGGUUCCGCGGUUUCGCGCAGUGGCGAUUCAACAGUACUCGCGCGAUCCGUGCGCAGCGGCACGGGGUCGGUCGUGGGCGGGCGACGCGCGACGCAGGCGGACGUCAACAGCGAGCGAAAACGCUGUCGGGGCGACGCGGGAAUGAACCGCCGCCGCGUCGUGCGUCGCCGCCGCGUCCGUCGGGUCGCGCCGCCGGUCGGCGGAACCGUAAAAUCGCCGCGUGCGUUUGCGCUACAUAUUUCCCGGCCGGACGGGGCGGGCGGCCCGCCGUUUUCCUUUUGAUAAUGAUAAUACGCGCACGCACGCACGUAUACCCGCGCGCGUGAUUUCACAGUCCGCGUAAAAUUGGGGCGGACGAAAUGCAAAUAAUAAUAAAAAAAAAAAAAAAACAAACCGACCGACAAACGACGGACGGCCAAGCGAAACGGAACCGAGUGCACGCCGCCACGCCGGAGAUACGUUGUGUCGCGGUACCGGAAACGCCGUCCGAAAAAACAAAUACGUCGCGCGGCACGCGACCGGCGGCCGGAGCUCGCGCGUGUGCGCCGGCCCGUCACUAACGCGGCGACGAAACCGUAGCGCCGGGAACGCCGGGCCGGCGGUAACGGGGCGGCCGCGGGAUAAACGGCCGGACGGCGAAAUCGGACGUUCCCCGUUUCGCGGCCGUUGUCCCGUUUAUGGCCGCGAUUUCGUCGGGUGCGGUGUCGUCGUCGCCGCGUCGUUGCCGCAGCGAAUCGCGUUAAAAGCGCAACGUAACGCGACAAGUGUCGGACGCCCCGCGAAAUAUUUCCGAAUAAAUGGCCGUAGUUUUACGGACGGCGGUAAAUCGAUCGCGAACGAUAAUUAUCGAUCGUGGCUGAAAAUCGGUAGCCGCCGCCGGUCGGAUCGAUCGCGGAAAAAAAAACCGGACGCGAUUCGCACGGUUGGUGGGCCGCCGUUGCAGGCGAAAUGUCGGAAGGGCGCGGUAUAGCGGGGAAUUUAAUUUGUAUCUGUACGCAACGAUUGGCCGUUGAUAACGAAAAUCGAUUCGGAGCAAAGUGUGUUUUGCGCAUGUCUUGCGACGCGGACGUUGAAAAAAAUUGAACCCAUAAAGGGCGAAAAGGGUAAAAGCAAAUCGAUGGAUACGGGGCGUACCGAGAAAUGUAUGGGUUUACGAUGAUGUUUAUUUACCUGAAAUUUCGCUCCGAUUUUCGUGUGUAGCACGUUUUCUGAAAGGAAAUUUUAUCUACUUGGUAUUUAUUUUCUAAGCGGCAUUCAUAAUGAUUAGAAAAACCGGGAAAAUGUCCAUCCGCGAAUAGAAGAAACUUCGUUCCGAACCGUUUUUCGUUAACGAUGGGUUAUCGUUGCGUGCAGAUACUAAUUAAUCUGAAUCCCCGUCUAUAUCCUGCGUUCCCAACUUCUCACGUACAAUAGCGGCCCACAGUCAUCUUUUUUACCUAGUUACCGUUUUAUAUAUUCGCAUUGUAAAUUGUAAAUUUUAAUUAUAUAUUAAACACAUUAUUGGCAAAUAUAAAUUUCAUUAAUCAUCGAUUUAUCGAUUUCGCAGUGUCGGAGAAAAGUCCACGAGGAAAUGUGAUCAACAUAAUUAUAUUUUUUAUUAAUUUUUUUUUGUGAUGACCAAUUUAUAGAUUAAUUCACCGACGAUCAACUGUUCGCGUUUCGAUUGAUAACAUGGCCAUUUUUUCCUCCAACAAUGUUUGCACUUAUAGAAUUUAUUUUCCUCUUGUUGUUUAAGUAAUGCGAACAUAUUUCUCUUGACUAUUAUGAUGACCGUAAACAAUGAUGGAGUCGGUUCGAUGGAGCCCUGCAGGAAAAAAAUAAGCGGAAGAAAAAGUGGCUACAUGGAGGUUAUACACUCGUGUGAUAUGUGGGGGCGACCGAAGUAGACGAAGAUGAAUAAUAGUAUGACGUGGAGGGCGAGAAUAAUGUAAUAAACUGACCCACUUAGAAAACGAAAAACGUUAUUGUCAUUACAAUAAUAUAAAAUAUUCCGACCCGUGACAAAAUAAAUGGGUUUUAUUGCAGUUUGUCUCGUUUACAUUCGGUAUGCCCGUCUCUUCCUCGUCCGGCCUACAUCCGUUGUAGUUCUCCGUCACUUUUCUUAUUGGUCGAUUUUCCCCCGUCGUGUUAUCAUCGCUUUAUCAUAUUUAUUACUAUUUUAAUAUACUAUUAAAAACGUUAAAUAAAAAAAAAGAGACUGGGAAAUAUAUAUAUAUAUAUAUAUAAAGUGAUAGCUAUGAUUCAUUUUGUCAUUACGCGGUUUCUACUAUUAUAAUGUCUACAUGGUCCGUACUCUUGAGUGUUUGUUAUUUUCGAAUUUUCAAAUUUUCGAUUUCGUAAAGAGAAUGACGUUUGGGAUGAAUUUGGUAAUGCUGAAUGUAAAUUCCGAAGAGGGAAAUUUUUCGGUAUUUCGCGAUUUAUUAAAAAAUUAAAGCAAUUAGCGCGAAUUUAAAAUCGUCCAUACAAAUUGCAUUUCGGAUGUCAUCCAUUUUCCAUGAAAAAUAAUAAAUUACGAAACGUUUCUUUUAUUUGAAAACACUCGUUUGUUUACGGCAAUACGAAUAUAGUUCACGAACAGUAGGAGAUACGAUAAAAACUUUUUUAUUAAAAACAACGCGAAAUUUAAUUGUCUACAAAAAAUUUAACCAAGUUCAAUUGCGUGGUGCCCGCCGUUCACCGUCGAAAUAGGAUUUAUUGAAUAUCAAUUAAUUUUACAGUUACGAAUCAGCGGCGCCCAAACAAUACUUAGCAGUUGUUUGUUGCACAUCACAUUUUAGGUAGCCGUUCCCGAUAAUUGGGAUUCGGGAUAGCCGAGUAGAACGCGUAUACAUAUUCAAGGUGGUAGGUUGUAGGGGUCGGAGAGUAUAUAAUAUUUAUACGGGUAAAAGUUGAUGAAUUUCAAAUUCUGCUACACCGUAAAAACACGGUUCGGCCGCUAAAUACGUCAGCGGGGAAAGUUCCCGAUGGGCAAUUUAAUUCUUAUAAGCCUCUAUUGCUAAUGGUGACCUAUUCGGUUAUUUCAAGGGCCGGUCGGACAGAAUGCGGACAAAUGUGAGCGAACCGGUUUGAAAACUGCGCGGAAAUGCGCACCGCCGGUUAUUUUUGAUUUUGACAUUUUGACAUUUAUGUUUUCAUUUUACGAAACGUCCGUCGAAACGCGUCUUCUGCUUGCUACAAGUCAAGCGAGAUGAAAACAAAGAAAACGGGCGCGUGCAACGAACCGAAAAAAGUAAAGGACUCGGGGAGUUUCGCCGACGGUGCAGUGAAUCGAGUGCUCUUGAACACCGAUUUAUCUAUGUUACGAUAACAGUAUCCGUAUACAAAUCAUCGUAAUCGCAAUAACGUAAAAUAAUAAAAAACAUAUUUUUUUUUUUUUUUGGGAGGGUUCAACCAGAACGGCGCGUUUAAAUAGCGUACACGGUGCGCAUUCUGUUCGCCCGGCCCUCCGUGAUGUCACGGCGUUACGUGCGUAUCACGUUGUAUUCAUUGUCGUGUUUGUUCUGUUCGCCGCGAAGGUAGGGGCAAAAUGAAGAAGACCAUGGGAAUGAUGAUGACGGCGGUGGCCAUGAAAGCGAUGAUGGUCAUACCGCUGGCGCUCGGGCUGCUGUUCCUGAUGGCCGGCAAAGCGAUGAUCAUCAGCAAGAUAGCGCUCGUCCUGUCGCUGAUCAUCACGCUCAAGAAGCUCGUGUCCAAGACGGGCGGAAGCGAGCACGUGGUGCACGAGUCGCACGCGGCCGCGGCCGCGUGGCCGCCGGCCGCCAGUCCGGUCGGCUACGCCGCGGCGCCCGUCGCCGCCGGCUGGGACAGGAGGUCGUCGCACCACCUGACGCCGGUCAACGGUCAAAUGUUGGCGUACAGAUCGCACAACCACCGCAAGCCAUAGGUCUCGGCGACCGACGUUCCGCCGACACCCGAGAACCGCUAUAGUGCGCCUAAAUUAUCGUGUUUUAUUUAUAUAUUUUUUUUUUUUUUUUUUACUUAUCAUUUCAUAAUAAUAUUAUCAUUGUUUAUUUAUUAUUUUAUUAUAAUUUAUUUUACUGUAUUGUUCGUGUAGGACUAAGAUCUAUGUCGUGCCGUGCGUACGUAUAUUAAGUGCAAUAUACACGAAUUCAAUAGGC